AUGAGUAGAAAGAAAGAGUUCUCCUUGUUGAAUGAGAGGGAUGAAAAACUUAAAAGAAAAAUGAAAUCCAUGAGGCACUCAGCUAAGCUACAACAAGAGGAUUUUACAGAACCAAGUCAGAGAGACAGUGAUUUGUGUCGUAUGUCAAAAACUGUGAGUGUGGGAGCAUUUUGUGAUGAUGUGAAGGAUGAAGACACUGAUUUUUUCUGUUUCUCUUCAACAGAAACCAAAACUUACUUUAAACUUGGGCUGUCUGGUGACAACUCAGAAAGACUUGCAAGGCCCUUCAGUCACAGUACUGAAGAGAGAAACGUUCAGCACCCAUUUCCUCCAGAUGGUGGGCUAUGGGAUGAACCAGCUCUGACUCCAUCAGCUGCCACGCAGAACGACACUGGGGAAGAUCUUGAUGAAGCUUUGUGCAUAGCUCUUUAUAAUCUUGGCCACUUCCAUGGUGCAGACAAGGUGCUGGAAUACUUGGAAUUGAAAGUGAAGCGCGAAAGAGACAAAGUUACAGAAACUGCAGAGAGAACAUUUCAGGAACUUAUUAAUCUCUUGUUAAGGAAAAAGAAAUUGUUUGCAGAAUUGGUGGAGAACAUCAACAGCUACGGAGAUAGUAUUGUAAAAGCUAAGGAAGCCCUUGAAGAGAAGAAAAAGCGUUUGAUUGGUGCUAUUAGGACUGCAAAGGAAGUUAAAUUUUCGCAUUCCCCAAGAAACUCUUGUGAUCUCACUCGGGUUAUUUAUGAUUUGAAGUUGUCAGUUGAAGCUGAGCUCUCAAGAGUGGACAAUUUGAAGGAACAAAUAUUUUCAAGAUUGUUCCCAAACACUUGCGAGAGUCCAUCUUUGGUACAACAUUUGGGCAAGAUGAAAUGGGGAACGACAGGGAAUGAAGAUAAUGGACAAGGUCCUCUUGUCCAUGAUGACCCUAAAGAAACAGCUGAUGUCAUAAUAGAAGAAAUACUGGAAGAUGACUCGGAAGGUUUAACAGAGUUGGUGUUUGUAAGCCAUGUUGUAAAUCCAUGCCAUUUCUAUGUUCGGAGAUACUCACAGAAGAAAGAAGCACUGGCUUUGGAGAAGAAACUGGAAAACUUUUGUUGUAACAGGGGUUCAUAUCUCCUGCCUUCAGAUGUUUUGGAACUAGGUGCUAGAAUUUUUAUUAAGAAUAAGGAAACUGGAAUGUGGUGCCGUGGAACUAUCACUGAACUAAUUCCCCUAGAGAGUAAAAAUCCGAGGAAGCCUUGUGGUCCAAUAAGAUACAGAGUUUGUGAUAUUGUGCUGCUGAAAGUAUUCCUGACUGAUUUUGGAAGCUCCAUGGUUUUGAUUUUCUCAGGAUACAAUCCGACCAAAAGGGCUGACCUUGCUGCUCUGCAGACUGUCAGAACAGAGGACAUUUGCCUGUUUAUAAGGAAGCCUGAUAAGCUUAUUGAGACAGAACUUGCAGCUGUUCCUCCUUUAGCAGUGCGAUGUUCAUUGAAGGAUGUUGUUCCCAAAAAUGCAGAUAAGCGCUGGGGAGAGGAAGCAAAGACAACAUUGUUAGAAAUGGUAAACAAUAAAGUCUUUUCAAUGAUCGUAUUCAGAGAAGUGGAUGGUGUCCUCAUUGUGGAUUUGAGAAAACCUGCAUUUAAUGAAGUAAGCAGUAAUAUGCCAGCAUCUCUCAAGGAUGCAUUAGUUUACUUAGGCUUGGCAAGGUGAGUUUGAUUUUGACUGAAUUUAUGCAAAACUUUGCUUCCCAGUCUGUCAGAAAACAAUACCAUCUUGCGCUACAGUCCACCUAAUCUUCCACAAGAAGGAGAAGAAAUCUUUGUUGUAGUUUGUCACAUUAAUAGUCCAAGUGAUUUCUACCUCCAGUUGACAGAGAACCUGGAAUCAACAGCUCUUUCAGAGAAAAUUCAGGAGGUAUAUAAAUGUGAGCAUGGGAAAAACUUGGGAAUUUUCUGCCCAGUUGAAGGCCAAGCCUGUAUUGCAAAGCAAGAGGAUGGGAAUUGGUACAGAGCACAGAUUAUAGGGCUGCCAAGUUGUCGAGAAGUUAUGGUAAAAUAUGUUGACUAUGGCAAUGUUGCUACCUUAACCCAUGAAGAUGUACGCAGAGUGAAGAAGGAGUUUCUGAGCUUUCCAGAAAAGGCAAUCAGGUGUAGGCUGGCUUACAUAGAGCCUUUUAAAGGGGCGAGUGAGUGGAACAGAAAAGCCAAGGAAAGAUUUGAAGAAAUGACUGGAGAUAAAUUUAUGCUGUGUUCAGUUAUUGAAAUUUUAGAUAAUAACAUCUUAUCUAUUGAACUCUUUGACUCCUCUGCUGAUAACAGAACAAAUUUCAGUAUUAACUACCAGCUGGUUGAAGAAGACUUAGCGUCCUACGUAUCUGGGAACAAUGAAGGUACUGCAGCAAGGCCCAGUGAAAUAUGGGAUGAUCCUCUAGAAGAAACCCCUAAAACCUUGGAAGUUUUAAAUCCUACAGACGUGGAACCUGUGGAUGAAGAAGAUUCCAGAUCACUUUUUAAUAAAGAGCUACAUGGGAGAAUUAGUCACGUUGUGUCUCCUAGUAAAAUUUUUGUACAAUUGCUGUCAUCAGAAAGUACACUGAAAAGUUUGCAGGAGGAGAUGGCUUCCAUCUACAAAGAAUCCCAGCCACCAUCUGUGAAGUGGGAAAGUGAUAUGCACUGUGCUGUUCACAUACAUGAUGUGGGACAGUGGCAAAGAGGUCAAAUAAGCAGGAUUGUCUCUGAAACAACAGCAGAGGUAAUACUUUAUGAUUAUGGAACUGAAAAAACAGUGGAGACCAGCUGUCUAAGAAAACUUGAGGAAAAUUUGAAGAUAAUUUCAACAUUAGCAAUAGAAUGUUCAUUGACAGACAUAAGACCAACAGGUGGAACCACACAGUGGACAGCAACAGUGUGUGAAUUCUUAGCCUGUUACCUAACUGGAGCACAAGUGAAAAUAAUCGUACAGGAAAGUGAUGUGGCUGAUGUAUUGCCUGUGAAAAUUCUUUGUGAAGAUAAAACAGGAAACAUGAUUGAUACUUCCGAAUACCUUAUUGGACAGGGUUUGGCUCUUAGAAACAGAAGAACGCGUGAAGCUGAUGUGGCUCCCUCAGUCUCCAAGGAACAGCUUAAAGCACCUUUAGAGCAAGAGAACACACAGGUGGAUACUUCGAAUUCCAGAAUUGCCUGUGCAAGAAACGGAGCUGUCCCAGAGGAAAACAUCACUGUUUCAGAGAGUGAGCAAAAAUCAUCCAAGACAGACAAGUCACUGCUGCAUUCAGGAAUGGAUGAAAUAUAUACAUCUCCCAUUGUACCUGAAGCAAGAGUUUUUCCAGCUGUAGUGAGUUGCAUUGGAAACGAUGGAACUAUUUAUAUAAUACCAAAAUCAUCUGAAACUAUGCUAAGCAAACUGAUGACUGAAAUCCAAAGCACCUUCAAAGGCCUUGGUCUUCUGAUACCCUACUGGUGGAAAAAGGGAGAAGCUUGUGUUGUAAGAGGAUCAGAUAGCAUGUGGUAUCGAGGUAAAGUUGUAGAAGUCAGUGGUGGUACUCUCCAGGUGCAGUACAUAGACCAUGGUUACAUAGAGAGCAUUCCUCAGUGUCAUCUGUAUCCAACUACACUGUAUACUGCUAUUCCUCCAUUUUGCAUCCCAUGUCAGCUCUACAAGACGUUACCGAUUGGAAAUUUUUGGCAGCAGGAUGCAGUAGAAUGCCUUCAAGAACUACUUACAAAUGAAGAGGUUGAAAUACAUGUUCAGGAAUUACCUGAUAACCCAUGGGGGAAAUUGUCCAUUGACCUGUAUUUUGGUGGAAUGUCACUUUCAUCCUUCCUGGCACACCAGAAGUACUGUGUUGCUGAAGAUGGUCAGGGGACACAGAACCUGGAGCUGUUUGAAGAAGACACUGCUCUUGUGCCUUCAUAUGUGUUGCCACUACUACCUGUUCCAGGAGAUACCUUUUCUGUCAGAGUUACCCAUCUGGUGUCCCCUAAGGAGGUCUAUAUUUGCUGUGAUCCUCCUGAGAACCCUGUGGAGCAGUGUGCCGCAGAGGGAGCUGCCAGCUGCAACUCAGAGAGCCUUGAUGAAACCCUGAAGUGGUGCAACAAAAUUGUGAAGUCUUUUCCUCUUCUAACAGACUUCAAAGAAGAACUGCCCUGCCUUGCAGAAUAUGUGGAUGGUAUAUGGUAUAGAGCAAAGAUGCUCUCCAUUGCACAGCCUGACCCUCUUCUGAUCCUGGUUCAGUUUGUUGACUAUGGUAGUUACCAAGUUGCCCCAACAAGCAA